CACAAAUCCAGCUAUAAAAAAAAAAAAAGAGCAAGAGAUAGAGAGAGCAGAGAGGGAGAAGAAUUGAAUCAGAAUAUUUUAGCCAAACCAACAAUUGGAGAAGGUAGGAGAGGAGGAUGCCUUGCAUGAACAGGUGAGGGAGGUUGAAAUCGGCGAGUUCGGUUUUUCUGGUAGGGGAAAUCGCUGUAAUGGCGACGCCAUUUUCCGGUGUGGACGGAGGCGCUGGCGGCGUUGCGGUAAUGGCAGGUCCACUGAACCCAAUCGAUCCUUCCACGCCGUCCAAGUCUUGCCUCAAGAAUUCCGUACUCAAGUCCCCCAUACUCAUAUUUCUCUUCUUCCACAAAGCUAUCCGGUCGGAGCUCGACGGCCUCCACCGCGCCGCCAUGGAUUUCGCCACCAGUGGCGGAGAUAUUAAACCUCUGCUGGACAAGUAUCACUUCCUCCGUGGGAUUUAUAAGCACCACUGCAAUGCUGAGGAUGAGGUCAUCUUUCCGGCCCUUGAUAUACGUGUGAAGAAUGUCGCUCGGACUUACUCCCUAGAACACGAGGGGGAGAGUGUUCUCUUCGAUCAGUUGUUUGAGCUACUGAAUUCAAGCAUACAAAAUGAAGAAAGCUAUCGGAGAGAGUUGGCUUCUUGUACUGGAGCCAUUCUAACAUCAAUAAGCCAGCAUAUGUCAAAGGAAGAAGAGCAGGUCUUCCCGCUGCUAAUUGAGAAGUUCUCAUUUGAAGAGCAGGCUUCACUUGUGUGGCAGUUUCUCUGCAGCAUUCCUAUUAAUAUGAUGGCUGAGUUUCUGCCAUGGCUUUCUUCCUCAGUGUCAUCUGAUGAGCACCAAGAUAUGCGUAAGUGCCUGUCCAAGAUAAUACCCGACAAGAAGCUUCUUCAGCAGGUUAUUUUCACCUGGAUGGAGGGGAGAGAACCCACUGAUGUUUGCAAGAGUCGUGAAGCCAUUUCACAUUCCAAAACCUGGUCACAUGUUUCAGGAUUACCGGAACCAAUUGUUACGAGAGAGAUUCAUUAUGCAUGUGAAGCAUCUGGAAAUGGUAAAAGGAAAUAUAUGGAGCUAAGUUCUAAUGUUGUUGGUUCAACCAUGCCUCAUCCCAUUGACGAAAUUUUGCUCUGGCAUAAUGCAAUUAAAAGAGAGUUGACUGACAUAAGUGAGGCAGCUAAGAAGGUACAACUAUCUGAAGACUCUUCUGAUCUCUCUGCAUUCAACAAGAGACUGCAAUUCAUUGCAGAAGUUUGUAUUUUUCACAGUAUUGCUGAGGACAAGGUUAUAUUCCCUGCCGUAGAUUCCGAACUGUCUUUUGCUCAGGAGCAUGCCGAAGAAGAAAUUCAAUUUGACAAACUCAGAUGCCUUAUUGAAAGCAUUCAAAAUGCUCGGGCCAACAUAUCACUCACCGAGCUUUAUGGGAAGUUUUGUGCGCAAGCUGAUCACAUAAUGGACACCAUACAAAAACAUUUUAAAAAUGAGGAGGUUCAGGUUCUCCCACUAGCUCGAAAGCAUUUUAGCGCAAGCAGACAGCGCGAGCUUCUUUACCAGAGCUUAUGUGUGAUGCCUCUGAAAUUAAUUGAAUGUGUUUUGCCGUGGUUGGUGGCAUCACUCACUGAACAGGAAGCAAGAUUGUUUAUCCAAAAUAUUUAUCUGGCAGCACCAGCUUCAGAUUCUGCAUUGGUUACUCUAUUUGCUGGUUGGGCAUGUAAAGGUCGUUCUGGAAAUGCUUGCUUGUCUUCAAGUCCCCUAGAUGGUUGUCCUGCAAGAACCAAAACCAAUGAUCUUAGACAACCAUGCUGCAAUUGCAACGCUGUUUCAUCACCAGAUCAGAAGCCAUUUGUUGAUGGCCAAAUAGAGAAAGUAGACUGUGGAAGAAGACCAGUCAAGAGGCCAAACUCUGUUUUGCAUGGCGAGAAUGGUUCUUGCCUAUCUUCUGGGGCUCCUGGUCAUCUCCACCAAUCAUCUACAAACGGCUCGUCGUGCUGUGUGCCGGCUUUAGGAGUCAAUAGCAGUAGUCUAGGAAUUAGUUCUCUUGCUGCAGCAAAAUCUCUUCGCUCUUUAUCUGUUAGUCCUUCUGCUCCCUCUCUUAAUUCUAGUCUCUUUAACUGGGAAAUAGAUGUAAGUCCCUCGGAUACCGCCUGUGCAUCACGCCCUAUAGAUAACAUAUUUAAAUUUCACAAAGCCAUCCGCAAAGACUUGGAGUAUUUGGAUGUUGAAUCGGGGAAGUUAUGUGAUGACACUAGCGAACCCUUGCUUAGGCAAUUUACUGGUAGGUUUCGCUUGCUAUGGGGGUUAUACAGAGCACAUAGCAAUGCAGAGGAUGAUAUAGUAUUUCCAGCAUUGGAGUCUAAAGAGACGCUUCACAACGUUAGCCAUUCCUAUACACUGGACCAUAAGCAGGAGGAGAAACUGUUUGAAGAUAUCUCAACCACACUAUCUGAGCUCACACACCUCCAUGCACACUUGAAGAGAAGCAGGCAUUGUGAUAAUUUAUCAGGAAAUCUUUGUGGUGCUUCCGACUGUGAAGAUACAGUUAGGAAGUACAAUGAGCUUGCAACGAAGCUUCAAGGCAUGUGCAAAUCCAUAAGAGUAACACUGGAUCAACAUGUUUUCCGAGAAGAACUGGAGCUGUGGCCAUUAUUUGAUAGACACUUUUCUGUGGAGGAGCAGGACAAAAUUGUUGGUCGAAUUAUUGGUACUACUGGUGCUGAGGUGCUUCAGUCAAUGCUGCCAUGGGUAACAUCUGCUCUUACUCAGGAAGAGCAGAACAAAAUGAUGGACACUUGGAAGCAGGCAACCAAAAACACAAUGUUUAGUGAGUGGCUAAAUGAAUGGUGGGAGGAAAAUUCUAAUGCCACUCAUAUAACUACAUCAGAAAGUUGCCUAUCCCAGGGUGCUGAUAUCCAUGAAAGCGUGGACUGCAGUGAUAAUAAAUUUAAACCUGGAUGGAAAGAUAUUUUUCGGAUGAAUCAGAAUGAGCUUGAAGCAGAAAUUCGGAAGGUUUCUCGAGAUUCAACUCUUGAUCCUAGAAGAAAAGCUUACCUUAUUCAAAAUCUUAUGACAAGUCGGUGGAUAGCAGCCCAGCAAAAGUCACUUCAGGCAGAAUCUUCAAAUAGUGAAAACUUGGAGUGCUCUCCUUCAUUUCGUGAUCCAGAUAAAAAGGUUUUUGGAUGCGAGCAUUACAAACGGAAUUGUAAGCUUCGUGCAGCUUGCUGUGGCAAGUUAUUUGCGUGCCAAUUCUGCCAUGACAAAGUGAGCGACCAUUCUAUGGACAGGAAGGCAACAACUGAGAUGAUGUGCAUGCAAUGCCUGAAAAUUCAGCCUGCCGGGCCUGUUUGUGUCACACCUUCCUGUGACGGGUUCUCUAUGGCGAAGUAUUAUUGCAGCAUCUGCAAAUGUUAUGAUGAUGAUAGAAAUGUAUACCAUUGCCCAUUCUGCAAUCUAUGCCGUGUUGGGAAGGGCCUUGGUAUUGAUUUCUUCCAUUGCAUGAAGUGCAAUUACUGCCUUACCAUAAAGUUGGUAGACCAUAAAUGCCUGGAGAAGAGCCUGGAAACAAAUUGCCCAAUCUGUUGUGAUUUUUUAUUCACAUCAAGUUUGAGUGUGAGAGGCCUUCCAUGUGGACAUUUCAUGCAUUCGAGCUGCUUUCAGGCAUAUACUUGCAGUCAUUACAUGUGUCCGAUUUGUAGCAAGUCAAUGGGAGAUAUGUCGGUUUAUUUUGGGAUGCUUGAUGCCCUAUUGGCUUCUGAGGUGCUACCUGAAGAAUACAGGGAUCGUUGUCAGGAUAUUCUGUGCAAUGACUGCGACAAGAAAGGAAGUGCACCGUUCCAUUGGCUUUACCACAAGUGUGGUUCCUGCGGUUCCUACAACACCAGGGUGAUUAGGACCGAUUCCAACUGCUCGACCCCAAGUCAGAGGCAGAGCGAGUGAGAUCGGCUGGUACCAAACGUUCAAUCGGCUUUACCGCAUGUGGAGGUUCCUGCAACACCAGGGUGAUUAGGACCAAUUCCGACGGCUCGACUACAAACCAGAGACAGAGCAAGUAACAGAGCCAGUAUCACUUCUAACAUAUUUCCUCCGUCCAAUAUAGGUGUGUAUAUAUACUCCACGAUUUUUACAACUUGAUUGUACAUUAUAACAACCACUACUUCUAUUCCCUGAGAACUUCUACCACCGAAGUCCAUCAUCCUUCCCCACCUGCAUAAGUUUUUGAACCAGUUUGAGACAGGUGGGUGAGGCGGUAUGAGUAGCUGAUAAUUGGACUUCUGUUAGUGUCCUGUUUUCUGAUAUUAAAAGCAUUUUUCAUUACCUGAAAAUGAAUGAGCAUGGGAUGAUAAUAUAAAACACAAUGCUGGCGAUUCUGCAGAACUGGAAUUCUUUCCGCAGGUUAACUCCUAUAGUCCUAUUCGACUCUUCUUCGUUGCUUCAAUUUGUGAGGUUUUAUCCGAUAAUCGUUCUUCGAUGCACUUCAAAUUUUCUGUCAAUAUCUGGAGCUUGGGGGGACUCUUCUUGCUUGUGAAUCAAGACGGGAACUUGGGAUCACCUUGCAUGGUUGGUUUCCAAGUGUUUAUAUUUCUUUCACCUACCUUAAACGUCAGUUAUGCAAUCGAGCUAACAUUUGCAACAAUCGAACUUGCUAGUAACUAAAGGAAAGUAACUCGAUUCUACUAUAAAUCCAGCGUAUCUCAGCGUCCAGUUGUGCAACACCACGAUUGUCUAGCAAUUACAACUAUCCGAUAGCCAAAUGCGUACGCUUUAGUGUAAACAACCCACCCAAGAUCUUUAUGAAGCUGCAUCUCAUAAAACAGCUAGCUAGGGCACAGAGUGAAGUGCUUGCAGCAGCAGCAAAACCUUUAAGCGCAGUAUAUAGACGAGCAAUAAUUCGUUUUCGUAACCUUAUAGACUAUUAGUCAUUUUCUUUCCGUCGAGCGCCAAUUAAUGGAGGAUCCAGGACACUCUUUUCAUUCUUCUUCACAUCGGAUUUACAGAGGUGGCUUAAUCCAAACUAGGUGCUUCUUCAGUUGGAUUGGACUCGAAAACAGAUUCACCAGGUUCUUCCAAAACAUCCCCUGUCUGGGUGGACUCUUUGUAUGCCGGAGUGUCCUUGAAAUCAGUCGCUCCUUCGUUGUAUGUAGCCACAGCAACGCCACAGGCUAUCAACUGCGCGUAAAAUGAGAAUUGAGCAAACCAAUCGGACAAAGAUCCAUACUUGGGUCUCUCUCCAACUACAACUCAAGUUAUAGGGAUCAACCAAAUUCCGAGAAAACAAUACCCAGAGCCCACAAAUACUCGACGGCGAAGCCGAGAGUAUCCCACUGCGGGCCUUCCCAGAAGUCCUUUUCGUCCCCUGGGAGCUUCGGCAUCACAAAACCGUCGUCAACAACACUACUAUUGCUUAAACCAGCGCUGCUCUCAACGCCGUCUGGGGAGGAGCCGAACUCGACCGGAUCAGAGGUCGUGUUCCGUUUCUCCCCCAACUUCUCGGUGGUUUUGAUGGAGCCCCGCCGACCCUUGGCGGAGACUAUGUGGAGGAGGUGAGAUCUCCUGGGGGAGAGCGGCAGGGGAAGCCGGACGCCACCACGGUGGGGGAAGUAGUUAGACGACUUAUGGCGCUGUACGGAGGUGGCUGCGGAGAUAGCUCCGGCACCAUUGCCGCCGCUGGCGACGAAGGUAGACAUGGGAUGGGAGCGGAUUUCUGGAUUGAAGUUUGAGGCUGUGGAGAGGUUUUGAGUGGGCAGUGGGGUUCUGGAUGUGGCUACCAUUGGCGGGUAUUGAUCCUUUUUUGUUAUCUUCGUUCUGACACGUCGGCCCUUUUUCUCUUUAUUAAUUGUUUUUCGUUGAAUUUCCUUUUUAUUAGAUCUUCCUGAUUUUUUUUUAUUUGCUUGUGAGUUGU